GGGCGUGUCCGCUGGAUGUAAUGCGCCUGACGCGGGCGCCAUAUUGUUUGAUGACGCAGUUGGCUUUCCGCCUGCGGCCUGUACUGAGCUCGGCAACCGAUUUAGUUAUAUGAAGUCUUGACACUCCUGGGAAGAUGUUUAAUAAAUCGUUUGGAAGUCCGUUUGGAGGGGGUACUAGUGCAUUUGGAGCCACAUCAACAUUUGGACAAACAGCUGGAUUUGGCACAACUCCCACUACGGGCUUUGGAACAACAGCUUUUGGCACAAACAAUAACAGUGGAGGCCUGUUUGGGAACACGCAGAACAAACCAGGAGGACUGUUUGGCUCAACUACAUUUAACCAGCCAGCAACAUCCUCCACAAGCACAGGAUUUGGUUUUGGUACAUCCACCGGUACUACAAACAGCUUGUUUGGUUCAACAAACACUGGAGGAGGCCUCUUCUCAUCCCAAAGCAAUGCAUUUGGACAGACCAAGCCUGCUACCUUUGGCAAUUUUGGGACCAGUACAAGCAGUGGCGGUCUCUUUGGAAACACAAACACCACUUCAAACCCAUUUGGCGGAAACUCCAGUUCCCUCUUUGGGGCUAGUACUUUUACAGCCGCACCAACUGGAACCACAGUUAAAUUUAAUCCCCCUGCUGGUACAGACACCAUGGCCAAAGGAGGUGUUACCACCAAUAUCAGUACAAAGCAUCAAUGUAUCACAGCUAUGAAAGAAUACGAGAGCAAGUCCUUGGAGGAGCUGCGUCUUGAAGAUUAUCAGGCCAACAGGAAAGGACCCCAGAAUCCAGUGGGAGCUGCAACAGGAACAGGACUGUUUGGAGCUUCAACGGCAACAUCAAGUGCAACAACAGGGCUGUUUGGUUCCACAGCCAACACCAGCUUCUCGUUUGGUGGAAACAAAAACACAUUUGGCACUAGUGCGAGUGGCUUUGGAGCAAGCACGGGAGGCCUCUUUGGAGCAACAGCCAGUCAGCCAGCUACCAGUUUGUUUAACAAACCCUUUGGAGCAGCAACAACAACACCCAGUACUGGCUUCUCGUUUGGAAACACAAAUACUCUGGGUCAGCCCCAGCCUAACCCUAUGGGUCUCUUUGGAACCACUCAAGCCACACAGUCUGCUGGUCUGUUUGGAACUACAACAAACACAAAUGCUGGCACUGCCUUUGGUACUGGGAGCGGCUUAUUUGGACCAACUAAUACUACUCCAUUUGGUGGUGUAGGCAGUUCGACUCUGUUUAGUAACAAACCUGCUGGGUUCGGGACUACCACGACCAGUGCUCCUGCAUUUGGCACAAAUACCGGCGGGCUCUUCGGUAACAAACCAACCCUGACUUUAGGAACCAAUACAAAUGCUUCUAAUUUUGGAUUUGGAUCAAACAAUACUGGGACAGGUCUCUUCAGCAAUAAGCCCGCCACUGGCACUCUUGGCACUGGACUUGGGACAGGAUUUGGAACAGCUUUGAACCCUGGACAGACUUCCCUGUUUGGAAACAACCAGCCAAAGCUGAGUGGCACACUUGGAACUGGCACAUUUGGAAACACAGGAUUUAAUGCCUCUUCAUGUCUUGGCAAUGCUCAAGUCCCUGUUGCUCUGACUGACCCUAAUGCAGCAGCCGCCCAACAGCUCGUUCUACAGCAACAAAUUAACACUCUGGCAUACUCUCCAUUUGGCGAUUCCCCUCUCUUCAGGAACCCUAUUUCUGACCCAAAGAAGAAGGAAGAGCGCCUGAAACCGACCAAUCCAGCAGCUCAGAAAGCGUUAACCACUCCAACACACUACAAGCUAACACCACGUCCUGCAACCAGAGUCAGACCGAAAGCAUUACAGACCGGCACUGCCAAAACCCAGCUCUUUGAUGGACUCGAUGAUGAAGAGCCACCCCUUUCUAAUGGAGCCUUCAUGCCAAAGAAGAGUAUAAAGAAGCUGGUCUUGAAAAAUCUGAACAGCAGCAGCCUGUACUCCCCAGUGAGCAGAGAGAGCGAGGAGUUGGCGUCCCCAUCUAGUUACGCUGAGAAUGGAGAGAGAAAUGAGAACCACAGACUGGAAACAGAUGGGGAGAAUGACGAAGUAGGCAGCUUCUACCCACCUCCUUUCUCAAAGACUCAGAGUCAGGAAAAGAAGCACUUCAACAAUAUUGAUGAUACCAUCGUAGCGCUAAACAUGCGCAAAGCUCUGCACAAUGAGAUGGAAGCCAGCACAGAGGAUGUGUCCUUCAACGAGGAGUCUCUGCAAGAAGAUGGGGAUGAGGAGAACCACCUUGAUUUAACUCCACACCCCGCAGGAAUUGUCCUCACACGACACGACUAUUACACUAUUCCAUCUAUGGAGGAACUGGCUAAACUUACCGAUGACAACAGCGAGUGCAGUGUAGAUGGCUUCACUAUUGGACGCAGGGGAUAUGGAUCGAUCUACUUCGACGGGAUUGUUGAUUUGACAAACUUGAACUUGGAUGAAAUUGUGCAUAUUCGAAGGAAAGAAGUUAUAGUUUACACUGAUGACCAGAACAAGCCCCCAGUGGGAGAGGGACUCAACAGGCGUGCAGAGGUCACUCUGGACGAGGUUUGGCCAAUGGAUAAAACCACACGCAGUUUGAUUAAGAGCCCUGAACGUCUAUCUGAAAUUAAUUACAAGAGCAAAUUGGAGACUGCAUCACGUAAACAGGGCGCCCAGUUCAAAGAGUAUCGGCCAGAGACUGGCUCCUGGGUGUUUAAGGUCAGCCACUUCUCAAAGUAUGGGCUGCAGGAUUCUGAUGAGGAGGAAGAUGACCAGCCAGUAGCCAGUGCUGAAGCCAAGAAGCUAAAAGCUGCUCCUGCACCCCCUCCAGUUCCACCAACCGCUCUGAAUGGGGAAGUCGUCCCUCCACCCCAGAGCGAUGCUGUUCAGCAGCCGGGCCGCGUUUUGGAUUUGGACAGUGACAUGGCAGAUGUCACCCAGGACCAGCUGCAGGACUCUGCCAUGGAGCCCCAGGAAUUCUUUGAGGAACAGGAAUCCAUUUCUGCAUCUUCUCACAUGGCCUCUACAAUGGGUGUGAAUCCCCAUGCGCUGCAGGUGAUGAAAGCCUCCCUCUUCAUGGAAGAUGAUGGGGGUAUGAUUACUGGCUUCCGGCCUUUUUCUCCAGCUCUGGACACCACCCAAGAUAUCCCCUCCCCACGUCUCCCAAUCUCCUCCAAAAAGCAGAGGAAGCCCACAAAUGGUGAUCUUCUGCAAUCAAGGUUUUCAGGGACCCUGCUCAAACCCUCUGAUUCUCAAGAUCCCUGGAGCCCAAGAGCACCCUCUUCUACUUCAACUUGGCCCUCCUGGUCUGCUCCAGCGCCGCUGUCUUCUGUAUUUUUGAUGCCCCCUUCUGCCCCUGAAAUGCCACUCAGAACAGUGGGUACUUGCAGGCAGCGAACACUUGUAUCACGGGAUGUGUCCCUCACAGCUGGUCGUGGAAGUCUGCUGAUUGAUAUGGCACUGUUCAUGGGAAGGUCAUUCAGAGUGGGUUGGGGGCCAAACUGGACUCUGGUUCAUAAUGGAGACCAAUUAAGUAAUGCGAAUGAGCGGGAGGAUGAUCCAGUUAUCACUGGGCCCACAGAUUUUGAAUAUCUACCGAAACCCAGUUCUGGAAAAUCCCUUGCCGAAUCCCCGUUUAAAGUUCAUGUAGAGAAGUUAAGUCUGGAAGAGAAAGUGAGAGAUCUACAGUCAUACUUGAUGCCACUGGAGAUUGAAUUGAAGAACAGUACGGUGGAUACCACAAAGACCUGUCCUCGAAUUGUGCCUAAUCCUGGGGUGUCUGCCAUUCAUGACUAUGCUGGCUGGGCCACUGACGUGUGCUGCGAGUCUCCAGACUUAGAGACGGUGGUGAAAGAGUGGUAUUUAGCAUGGACCCUUUGUGAAGCUCUGUGGGGCCAGCUGAAGGAGCUAGAAGUCAGUCUUGAUGCACCCAGUGACUAUGUGAAGAGUUUGGAGCGUAGGAAAGCCUUCUCACAGUGGUUGGCUAAUACUGCAUCAGAGAGAAUCCAGGAGGAAGUGUCUCGAUAUGGCCAGGAGCGUCCCAUUGAAGCAGUGUUCAGCUACUUGACUGGUCGGAGGAUCAGUGAAGCUUGCCUGCUGGCUCAAAAAUCAGGUGAUCACAGGCUUUCCAUGUUAAUCUCACAGUCGAUCGGGAGCCAACCGGUGCGGGACCUUAUUACCAUGCAGCUCUUAGACUGGAGUAAACUGCAAGUGGAUUGCUUCAUCCAGGAAGAGCGGCUGAAGGUGUUCAGCUUGCUGUCCGGCACACCGGUUUGGCGCUCUUCGGACAAGAGUAUAAAUGUCUGCUCGCAGUUGGAUUGGAAGCGCACAUUAGCCAUUCAUCUCUGGUUCAUGCUGCCACCCACAGCCUCUAUUGCACAAGCUCUGAAGAUGUAUGAGGAUGCAUUCCAGGACCUUAAUGGGGCAUCCUAUGCCUGUUACCCACUCCCUCCUUAUCUAGAAGACACAAACAUCUGCUUGGAUGAUGACCUAGCUACGCCUUCCUCUCCCUCCCUGCAGAGAGAUGUCUGCUUCCACCUGCUAAAGCUCUAUAGUGACCGGCAGUACAACCUUGGUCAGCUGUUGGAUCCUAAAAGUGUGACUGCUGAUCCUCUGGAUUAUCGCCUUAGCUGGCACCUGUGGAUGGUCCUUCAAGCCUUACAAUACACUCACCUUUCUGAAGAAAGACAAGGUGUCCUGCACGCUAGUUACGCUGCACAGCUAGAGAAUGUGGGUCACUGGGAGUGGGCUAUAUUCAUUCUGCUACAUGUCCCUAAAUCCAAUAUCCGUGAAGCUGCCAUCCGUGAGCUUCUCAACAGACACUGCAUAUUACGGGAAACACCAGAGUCUCUGGCUAAGGAGACCUUCCUUGUUACCAAGCUUUGUGUCCCAGCGGAAUGGAUCUAUGAGGCCAAAGCAAUCCGGGCAAAGAGGCACAACGAUCGCCAUAAAGAAUCCCAUUACUUGCUAAAAGCUGGCCACUGGAAUGACUGCCACAAGCUGGUGACCAGAUAUCUGGCUUCAGAUGCCAUAAUCAAUGAGGAUUACAAGUAUCUAAAACACUUCCUAGAUGUACUGGCAUCCCCUGAGCGCUGUAAGCACAUUCAGGACUGGGACACGGCUGGCCAGGUGUACCUGGAUUACACCACAGUCGUAGAAAUGCUCAACUGUAUCCAGCAGGCUGAUUAUUCAGGCUGUGAACUGGAGAGAUUACACACCAAAGCAACGUCGCUUUGUAACCGGGUGGAGCAGAUCCCCUGCUAUAAUGCCAAAGAUUGCUUGGCGCAGUCAGAGAUGGCCAAGCGUGUCGCCAACAUCCUCAGAGUUGUCCUUCGUUUGCAGCAUUCUCCAGAAUCCAUGUCUGAUGACUUACCAGAUGCCAAUCGUGUUCCAUUUAAACUGCUUGUCCCCCCUGUUGGCCGUCUCCCGAUGCCAGAGGACUAUGCCCUGGAGGAGCUUCAUGCCUUAACUCAGUCUUAUUUGAGAGAACUGACCGUUGGCGGACAUUAAUUCAAAGCAUCAUUGUGUUUCCGGUUUGGUUUCAUUUUGGCUCCAGAACAUCUCGGAUCAAGUACAUACUUAUACUUCCAGAUCUUCUAUAGUAAACGGAAUCUGGCCUUUUGAAGACGUGUUAUGUGCUCAUUUAUCUUGCUGGAGCAACGCCUGAUAAAACCAUCAUGUUGGACAUGUGGGGGGUGUAAAUAUUACAGCUUAGAUGUGAAAUCUUAUUUUAACAUGUAUUUUGUUAUAAAAGGGACAUUGGUCUGACUUAGAAUGUCACGAUUUAAAGAGUUUAUAAAAUUCUGUUUUUGUAUAAAUACUUUAUGUACAAAGCUGUUAAUAAUGACUGUUUGGAUUCUAUGAUGUGGCCUGUGUCUCUUAGACCUCGGUGUUUAAAGGAAUUCAUCUGGUUUUCCAGUUUUAUUUUUUGUACCCAUGUUACAUUUUUGGGACCCACCUCAUCAGUCUGUACUUCAUGCUGCAGACAAUUGAGUCCUAGAAAAACAAGUGGGUUUUCUACAUCAAAUCAUAUGUAGAACUAAAAUGGCACACUGUGUGCUUUAACACAGGGCUAUUUAAACUGACCCAACACAAUAUUCCAAAAUUACAAGACCUUGUUUACCUGGACUCUGCAGAAGUACAGCCUUAAACACUGCUGUUUUGGAUGCUUGGACUGUGGCUUAAAGUCUUACCCUGUAAUUUAACUCCUCUCCCUGUUUGAAAGUGCUGUGAGUGGACCUCUCCAGACCGUUCAGGACUCGUGGAGGGUGUGUGCCUGCAUGUAUAUUGUGUAUUGACGUUUUUAUGAUAUGCUUAUGGAAAGGCAGAAUUAUGAAUAAAUGAUUUUUUUUCCUGUCUGCUGAAAA